AUGAACCCCUCUGCGAUGUUGUGUGGUCAGCCUGCUCCUGCAAGAGGGGGCCCUUGGAGAGAUAUCUGUCAGCUCCAGAUCAGAGAGCCACAAAUCAGAGAAAAGAUGAUCAGAGGCUUAUCUAUGGAUGUAGGGAAUGGCAGAACAAUCAAAUUCUGGGAGGAUGUCUGGCUACCUGGUGGGAGGUUGAAAGAGAUGUUUCCUAGACUUUUCUCGGUUUCAAACCUCACAGGAUCUGUUAUAGGGGAAUGCGGGUUUUGGGAUGGGUUAGAAUGGAUCUGGAGUCUCCAGUGGAGGAGAGAAUUAUUUCAGUGGGAGCUGGAGCUUCUACACCAACUCCAUGAGGUCUUGCAGUCAGUAAAGAUAACAACUGAGAGGGAGGACAGGGUGGUCUGGAAAUAUGAUAAAACUGGUAUUUUUACUACUAACUCCUUUGUGCAGGUGAUGCAGGAAGCAGCUCCCCCGGAGGAUAUUACUAGCUAUAGCUUUACUAGUGCUAUUUGGAAGGGAUUCGCUCCGCCAAGGGUUGAGCUAUUUUCGUGGUUUGUUUUGGUUGAGAGGGUGAACACUAAAGAGAGACUAUGCAAACUAGGUGUCAUUGACCAGCAUGAUAAUUUAUGUGUUCUAUGUUGUAAGUCUGUUGAGUCUGCUGCUCAUCUUUUUAUUAGCUGUGAGAUCACUUGGCAGGUGUGGUGUGCAUGGCUAUUCGCCCUUGGCAGGAUAUGGACUAUGCCGGGUACACUAAAACAACACUUUGAGAGCUGGACGAAUGCUUCGUCUAGGAAGAAUGAGCGGAGGCGGUGGCUGAUUGGGUUCUUUGCUGUUAUCUGGGCAGUUUGGCUAGAAAGGAAUGGUAGAGUCUUCAACAAUAAAGGCUCAGGGGUGAUGGAAAUAAUAAACAGAUCCUUUAUGCUCUCCGACGAGUGGCUUGGUGGUGAAUCUCUUGGUUGUUGA